AUGUCCGAACGAGGCCAUCAACGCGGCGGUCGCGGAGGCGGUAGAGGUGAAUACCGAGGAGGAGGGCGAGGAGGGCGAGGAGGCCAUGGUGAAGGAGGACGCGGCGGUCAUGGCGGUGGUGAACGACCCAAGAAAGAGAACAUCCUCGAUUUGGGGAAGUACAUGGACAAGCAGAUUACUGUGAAAUUUACUGGUGGACGAGAAGUAACCGGAACUCUCAAAGGCUACGACGCACUCAUGAACCUCGUCCUGGAUGACGUCUCUGAAACCCUCCGUGACGAUGAAGGAAAUACUUCUUCUCGAUCACUUGGGUUAGUUGUUGCGCGUGGAACGCUUCUCGUACUUGUGAGUCCUGUGGAUGGUAGUGAGGAGAUAGCAAAUCCGUUUGUGCAGGCUGAGGAAUAA